AAAUUUAGGAGUUAUGUCAAAACUAAAUUGAAUGAAUGUAGAGAGAAUUUGUUAUUUUAGGGGAGAAAGUGGUAAUUUAAAAGUCCAAAUCGAACUGCUAUCGAAAUGGAAGCAGCAUGAACGAUGGGGAAGGUUCCGAGAAGACGGUGAAGGAUGUUUGGCCUUUUUGAAAAAUCCGCCUCACCCUUUUAGUUGAUUUUUGUCUCUUUCAGAAUUUCUUAAUGCAAGCGUAGGUUAGUUUAAGGGUUUAAUUAUUUAGUUUGGCUUAGGUGUAAUUUAUUUGUUAGUAGCCAUUAUCACUCUGCUUUUGCGUGUUACAUUUGGAGGCAGGCGUUAGUUCUGUUUUGGUAGAUUAAGAGCAUGUUUUGUUUGCGCGUAAUAUACGGAAGAAAGGAGAGAGAGAGAGAAAACUUAUUUCUUAGCCCUCUUUUUAAUUUGAUUAAAAAAUUAAAAAAUAAAUGGUAUACAUUUAGUUUAGUAUACCUUUCACGCUUGUUCAAUUCAA